AUGGCAGUCGAGAAUGGGGAGGAGACUCCUUCCUAUCGUGCUUCCAGACCUGUACCUUUCGAACUGGUCCAACAUUCGGGGAUUUUCUUCGAAGAGAAACUCUACACACAAGCUCUUAACCUCCUCCUAAACAUCAUUACCUCUGGAACUGUCGCCUCUGGCCCUGUCUUCGUCCCAUCACCACCUCUCCUAGCCGUCGCAGCUACCUUCCUCGUCCACCCCUCAACCACAACCCGCGCCAGAUCCUCGGAAGAACAAGAAGCUCCCAGCGCGGCCCUCCGGCUCCUCCGAUUAACGAAUACCCUAGUCGGACCGAUAGCUGCUAGAUUUGACAACGCAUUCGCAUUCACGCAUUUUGAAGCCUCCCGCCAUGGCGGUAUACGCCGGCGCGCCAGCGAGGAUGAGGGAACAUCUCAAAAUGAGAUGCUGAGGAACGAAUGGAAACUGCUGAAUACCGAGCUAGGACAGUCAUCUGCUGUGUGGUCUCGCGCGGAGGACUUCUGGCAUGCGGUUGGGUGGGCUUUCAACUGUUCCGUCUUGCACCCGGAGCGGUGGGAGAGGUGGCAGGUCUGGCUGCAGUUUAUGUGUGAAGUGCUGGAGGAUGAUUGGAACGAGCGGAAGAGGCAUGUUGAGCGGGAAGUAUCUGGGGCUGGGAAUGGGAAGCUGAAGAAGCGGCUACGGCAGAACAUUCUGCAGCAGAGCCUUAUCUUCCGGUAUAUCGAUGGGAGUAGUGGGAGCUAUGGACGGAACCGAAGGAUUUUGAGGGCCAUUUUCGCGGAUGGGACUUCGGGCUCAGUUAACGAGUUCCGCGAGGUGUUUCGCAAUGAGCUGAAGCAGCUGAAGCGGGACCAGGAGAACAUCAAGAAGAGAGAAGCAGAGGUCAACAUCGACGAAGAACAAUACGGUGACUACCUGACCAAAGACGACGAGGACGAAUCGGAGGAAGGCGACGGCGAAACAGACAAGCCGACGACGACAGAACGACGUUCAAAACGCACAAGAAGAGGAACAAGAAACACAAUCGCAGAACAACAACCUACCGCAACAUUCACCACAAACAACACCCUCUACUCCCACGGCACCCUCUCCCUCCUCGGCGGUCUCCCUUCACUCGCCCUCCGCCAACGUCUUUUGCACCUCCUCUCCGCCGUCUCCGAAUCCCUCCCGGAUAUUUUCACAACCCUCGAAGAGCUCUACCACCUCUUCAUUGAAAACAUCCGCCACCUCCCCCUCCCGAUCUACCAAUCCUUCGUCUCCCCACACGUCCUCCCCUACUUUUCUGCAGCAGCGCAAACAACUCUCUGCGAGUUUCUCCUCUUCCGCCUCCGUGAAAGCACAGCUCCCGAAACAGAGGAUGAGUAUCUCAGCCAAACAAAGCUAGAACAGUGCUUCCUACCGUAUGCCGCGAGUACAGCAUCAGUGGUUGACAAUACGAAGAUGGCACUUGCGCUAGAGGCGCUUGUUAUGUUACUCGCGGAGAGUGAGAUGCUGAAGGUCACGCCGGAGCUGCGGACGGCCGUAGAGGAUGGGAUUAUGGCGAGGGCGGAAAGGGCGCAGGAAGUGAAAAGGAAUCAGUCAAGUAAGCAGGUGGAGGAGAUUGAGUGGUGUUGGUUGAUUGAAAGUGGGGAGAGGUUGUUGUUUAUGAUUAAUGAGUUGGUUCCGAGUAUGCAGGCUUCAUGA